AUGAAGUCCUUCGCGGGUGUACUCUUGGGCUUUGGUGCUCUAGCAGCGGCUGCUCCUGCUCCUGCUCCCCAACUCACUCUCACCCCUGCAAGCGCCCCCAUCCCUCCCGUUCGAAGCAGUGAAGUGACCGGGGCGACUUCUCAUGGCCCCUACAACGGUCCUAGUCCGACAGUGACGGGAGCCUUGAGCGCUCCUGCGGUUGCUGAGUCGAUUGCUCCGGCUGGUCCAGCGCCGGUCACAUAUACCAACAAUAAUGGACUCCUCCAAGCUUCCAGCAUGCCCGUUCCAUACCAGCCAGCGGGCGGGCAGGGCACCAAUGGAACCUUGCCAUAUUACCACCCGUUGUCUGACUUCGACUACGAGUCUUUGACUCUGGCCCUGUACCAAGAAUGGAUCGAGCUGGAUCUUUUCCACAAUGGGCUCGCUCGAUUCUCCGUGCAAGAUUUCAACGACGCCGGCUUGACUGCAGAGGAUCGAUUCUUGAUCGAAUUCAUGGCGGACCAGGAGGUCGGUCACGCGACACUGCUCAGCAACAUCCUGGGACCUGCGGCUCCUCCCCAAUGCACCUACAACUAUCCGUACACCAACGUACGAGAGUUCAUCGACUUUUGCCAGAAGCUGACACGUUUCGGUGAGAGUGGUGUCUAUGGGUUCCUGGGUCACUUGGAUUCCCGAGAGUCUGCCACGCUGCUGCUGGAGUCCAUCACCACUGAAGCUCGCCAGCAAUUGAUUUUCCGGCAAUUCGAUGGUUUGUUCCCCAUGCCUUUAUGGUUCAUCCCGGGUAUUCCUCAAUCGUGGGCUUGGACACUGCUGGCUCCAUACAUUUCGAGCUGCCCUGCAAACACGACUCGUUUAGCAUGGCAAAAUUUCCCGGCCCUCACCAUUAUCAACAACCCGAACCCGGCCAAGACGAACCCGAACAUUGGUCCCAUGUCCAACACGACUGGAUCCAAUCCAUUGAACACUACCGGCAUUGGUUCUGGCAACCUGUGCGCCAACGCCAAGGGCGAGUCUUCUGACUGUGGUCCGGCUAUUAGCCAGAACAAGUCGAUCCCGCUGUCCUAUCCUGGGAGACCCAUCCAAUUCUCGUGGGGCAAUGUGAACGAGACUGUUGGUCCUAACAACAGCUACAUCACCGCACGAUCGCCUCUUGCCGAUGCACCUCGCUAUGCCCUGUUCGUCUCCCAGCUCAACGCCACCUUCGUCCCCCUGGUCAAUAUUAGUGGCAACACUGGGGCAGUGGUCCAGCCCAACAUGUCGACAUUUGCUGGAGAUCCGGCCGUCAAUGCAACCAUGUUCGUUGCUUUGACAAGUCAAAAUCCCUACGUCACUCCAUUCAAUCUGUCAAUGGUUAACCCUUACGUUUAUGCGGGUCCAGCUUUGUACCAAGCUGGAUAA